CUCAUUGUCAUUUUUGAUCUCUAGGGCAAGGCCGCUCUGGCCUAGAAAUAUGCGUUGAUUCAAGGCGCCGCGCGAUGAGGAUUGCUUGCGACAGGCAUCGUCAGCUCAUGAUCUCCUUCGCGCCAAUCGUGCUGCUGGUAUCGGCAAUCAAUCUUCUGGGAGUUUUUGCCUCCAAUGCGGGAUCUUACUUGAAAUCUGGAGAUGAGUCGUUCUCCAAUCGAGAGUACUUUGCGGCUAUACGGCACUACACUUCAUUCAUAGAGAUUGAUCCCGAUGCGUCGAUCGGAUAUUCGAAGAGAGCGGCAGCAUACAUUCAGCAAAAACGGUACAAAGACGCGUUGCGUGAUCUCGAUAAGCUGGUGGACAUCGAUCCAAGCUACGUGAAUGGGUAUUUGCAACGAAGCCAAGUUCUUCGUCAGACUUGCGAGUUGGAUGAGGCUGAGAGCGUUGUUUCUAAGGCGCUGGGUAUGAAACCAGGACAUGCGGGUGCUAAGAAAGAGCUCUCUAUGGUAACUCAAGCAAAAGACGCGCUGAAGCAAGUCGAGAGUAGCUAUGAAAACAACGAUUUCACAAAAGCGGAAGAACACUUAGAAGUUCUUUUAUCGCUUUCUCCUGAUUGCUCAAAGGCGAGAUUUUUAAGAGCAAGGAUUCUCCUGAAAAAGAAAGACUAUGCAGGUGUUGUGGGAGAGACAGGAUUUAUACUCAAGGAGAAUGAAGACGACUUGGAUGCUUUGCUUCUUCGUGGGCAAGCUUACUACUAUCUCUCGGACUUCGACGUGGCCACCAGACAUUAUCAGAAGGGUUUGCGCCUUGAUCCCGAACACAGCAGCUUGAAGAAGGAGUAUUUCAAGCUGAAAAAUCUUUUAAAGAAGACAAAGAAUGCCGAAGAUCUUUUUGAAAAAGGGAAAUUUCGCAAGGCAGUUGAACAAUAUAAUGAGGCUUUAUCACUGGAUCCCGAACAUGAGGCGCAGAACUUUGUUCUGUAUCUAGGACUAUGCAAAACACUUGUUAAGCUCGGUCGUGGUAAGGAGGCUCUGCCAGCCUGUUCGUCGGCAUUGAAAAUUGAUGGCGAACAUGCGGAAGCUUUGCUUCAGAGUGGGGAAGCCAAAAUUCUAGUAGAGGACUGGGAAGGGGCAAUGUCAGAUUUUAAAACAUCGUUUCAUAAAUCUCAGAGCCAAAGCGCCAGAGAAGGGCUUCACAGAGCUGAAAAAGGCUUGAAACUCAGUAAGCGGAGAAACUGGUACGAGAUUUUGGGUGUAGAGACGACUGCCAGUGCUUCUGACAUAAAAAGAGCGUACAAGAAGUUGGCAUUGCAAUGGCAUCCGGACAAAAAUGUAGAUAACAAGGAGGAAGCCGAGCGUAAGUUUCAGGAUAUUGCUGCAGCAUAUGAAGUUCUCGGGGACGAAGACAAACGAACGCGAUAUGACCGGGGAGAGGACGAGGAACCGCAGAUGGGGGGUCCGGGAUUUAAUCCAUUUGGCGGGGGUGGAGGUGGAAGUGGAAGUGGAUUCACUUUCACAUUCGAGGGUGGCUUCCCCGGCGGUGGAGGUUUUGGCUUUAAUUUUUGACACAGCACUGACUCUCAAAAGAUUCGGGCAAAGUGUAUCAACCAAGCCUGUGACAGGAAUGAAUGAAAGUUGUGACAUCUUCACGGGUA